GGCGCAUGCGCGUUACGACCCCGCGCUGGGCUUGUCGUUGCAGCUUUAAGAGGGCUCGCGGCCUGGCGGGUACGACCCCCCCCCGCCGCCCUGAGGAGUCGCCGGGCCCCCCGGCACCCCUCCUGCCGCAGCAGGGCGCGGGGCUGGCCCCGGCACCCCCCGAGCCUCCCCCGAUCUCCGCUCGAGAAGAGAGAGGGAGGCUGAAAGGGAGUGACCCCCGGCCCCGCGCCCCGGGCUGGGACAGCUGAGGGGGGGCGCAACAUGGCGGAGGCCAAGGAGGAGGGGCCCGGCCCCUGCGCCAGGUUUGAAGAUAAAUCUGAUGCAGUAUUUGAUAUUACAGAAAAAUGUAGUGAAAUCCUGGAUGCAGAAAUGUCUGAGGACACUGUCCACAACUUACCAGCUGCCCUCGACAGCGUAUCUUAUGAAAUACAGAAUCAAGCAGGAUCUGAAAACUCACUGCUGGAUGACGACGAUGACGAUGAUGAUUAUUUUCUGAACUCUGGGGAUUUGGCAAGCAUACCUGUUGUUGGGAGUGACAACGAAGAUGAUCAGAAUUUCACUCCAAAAGACACUCUCCCUUCUGAAGACCAUCUGGAAGAGGGCAAGAGAGUCACAGAACAUGAGCUGGACAGUGAGAAAGAUAUUCAGAUUGAAAAUGCAAUCCAGAAGGAUCUCACUUCACCUUUCGAGCAGGGUCCUGUAUUUAAAUCAAUUCGAAAAGAUUUUAGCAUAACAAGAGAUAAUGGUAAAGAGACUUUUUCCACAAAGGACAAGAAUAGAGAAGGAAAUCUUCAAGAACAUGAAAAACGGUUGGAAAAAAUCCCUAAAGAUACGGAUUCUAGAUUGAAAAGCAGUUUUCUUGACAAAGCAGUUCAUAAUCAAGUAGAAGAAACAUUACGGACGCAGUUAGCGCCACAAACUCCAGAAACUAACUUCAGGGAGUCUAGCUACCUAUUUUCUAGUAAGGAAUCUAUUGGACAAGAGCUGGGGAAUUCCUUUGCACCAAAUAUUAGAAUUAAGGAGGAGCCUUUGGAUGACGAAUAUGAUAAAGCUAUGGCCCCACAGCAGGGACUAUUAGACAAAAUUAAAGAUGAACCUGAUAAUUCUGAGGAGUACGGCCAACAGCCAAAAACUCAGGAAGGGGAGCUGAAAAUCAGUGCUGUAUUUUCAGUCAGUGGCAGUCCUCUUGCUCCACAGCUGUCAUCAGGUUUCCAGCCUGCUGUGGCAUCCUCUGGCAUGAGUAAAAUGCUUCCUUCAGUUCCAGGCACAGCUGUUCGGGUUUCCUGUUCUGGCUGUAAAAAAAUCCUCCAGAAGGGGCAGACCGCAUACCAGAGGAAAGGCUCUACCCAGCUCUUCUGCUCCACACUGUGCCUCACUGGAUACACUGUUCCAGCUUGUCGCCCACCAGCUUCUACCAAGAAAACCUGCUCAAGCUGCUCAAAAGAAAUUCUAAAUCCAAAGGAUGUAAUCACUGCCCAGUUUGACAAUACGAAUUCCAGUAAGGAUUUCUGCAGCCAGUCGUGUCUUUCUACAUAUGAAAUGAAAAGGAAACCUAUUAUUACUAUUCACACUAACAGCAUUUCGACCAAGUGCAGCAUGUGCCAGAAGAAUGCAGUGAUCAGACAUGAGGUGAAUUACCAGAACGUCGUACACAAGCUCUGCAGUGAUGCCUGCUUCUCCAAGUUCCGCUCCGCUAAUAACUUGACCAUGAACUGCUGCGAGAAUUGUGGAGGCUACUGCUACAGUGGGUCUGGGCAGUGCCGCAUGCUGCAGAUAGAGGGCCAGUCAAAAAAGUUCUGCAGUUCGACAUGUGUGACACUGUACAAGCAGAAGUCAGCUAAAAUUACACCCUGUGCACUGUGUAAAUCCUUGAGAUCUUCAGCUGAGAUGAUAGAGAGCACAAAUAACUCGGGAAAAACUGAACUGUUUUGCUCUGUUAACUGCUUGUCAGCAUACAGAGUAAAAAUGGUUACUUCUUCAGGUGUUCAAGUGCAGUGCAACAGCUGUAAAACUUCAGCAAGCCCUCAGUAUCACUUGGCUAUGUCAGAUGGGAGCGUACGCAAUUUCUGCAGCUACAAUUGCGUACUAGCUUUUCAGAAUUUGUUCAACAAGCCCGCAGGAGCGAACUCCUCGGUUGUGCCCCUGUCUCAAGGUCAAGUCAUUGUAAGCAUUCCCUCGGGGACAACCGUGUCAGCUGGUGGCACCACCUCCACUGCAUCUCCUGGCUCCGGGAGCAGUUCUGCUGCAGCUGGUCUACAGAGGCUGGCUGCCCAGUCCCAGCAAGUCACUUUUGCCCGCAAGGUUGUAAAACUCUGGUGUCAGCACUGUAACAGAUUAUUUGCAACCAAACCAGAACUGCUUGACUUCAAGGGUAAAAUGUUCCAGUUUUGUGGGAAGACCUGCUGUGAUGAAUAUAAGAAGAGGAGGAGCGUAACAGCAUUGUGUGAAUAUUGCAGAACUGAGAAAAUUAUCAAGGAGACGGUGCGAAUUGCAGGCAUAGAUAAGCCAUUCUGCAGUGAAGGUUGUAAACUGCUCUAUAAACAUGACUUGGCGAAGCGCUGGGGAAACCACUGUAAAAUGUGCAGUUACUGUUUGCAGACUUCCCCCAAACUGGUCCAGAAUCCCUUUGGGGGGAGAAUAGAGGAAUUCUGCUCAGAAGAGUGCAUGUCUAAAUUCACAGUUUUGUUUUACCAGAUGGCAAAGUGUGAUGGUUGUAAGAGACAAGGCAAACUCAGCGAGUCCCUGAAAUGGCAAGGAGAGGUGAAGCAUUUUUGCAAUCUGCUUUGUAUUCUGAUGUUCUGUAAGCAGCAGCGUACUUCUGACCCUCCAGCCUCAAACAACACAGCAAACCCUUCUACGGCACCAGCUUCCUCUUCAGGCCCACCUUCUUUGAGGAAGGACUCAACCCCAGUCAUAGCAAACGUGGUGUCCCUUGCAAGCACUCCUGCUGCCCAGCCUACGGUCAACUCCAACAAUGUUUUACAGGGUGCAGUCCCUACCGUGACAGCAAAAAUAAUAGGAGAUGCUAGUACUCAGACAGAUGCCCUAAAACUACCAUCCUCACAGCCACCUAGGCUCCUAAAAAACAAGGCAUUGUUGUGCAAGCCAAUCACACAGACGAAGGCCACCUCAUGCAAACCUCAUACACAAAAUAAAGAAUGCCAGACAGAAGAAGAAGAAGUUCAACCCAAAAUCGUUGUGGUACCUGUUCCUGUACCAGUGUUUGUGCCAGUACCCCUUCACCUCUACACUCAGUACACACCAGUUCCGCUUGGGAUGCCAGUACCUGUACCCGUUCCCAUGCUUUUCCCAACUACUUUGGAUAACGCUGAUAAGAUCCUUGAAACAAUUCAGGAUAUCAAAGAAAAGAUUCCCAUAAGUCCAUUUGAAGCAGAUCUCCUUCAGAUGGCAGAAAUGAUUGCAGAAGAUGAGGAGAAAGACAAAACACACUCUCAUGGUGGGUCUCAGACAUCUGAGCAUGAGCUCUUCCUGGACCCCAAGAUGUUUGAGAAAGACCAAGGUAGCACUUACAGUGGAGAUCUAGAAUCAGAAGCAGUGUCCACUCCACACAGCUGGGAAGAAGAGUUAAAUCACUAUGCCUUACGAUCCAAUGCCCUGCCAGAACCAGAUCCAGAACCGAAGCAGAUCUCCAAAGGUGAAGUGGAACAGGACCUGGAGGCAGAUUUUCCAUCAGACUCAUUUGACCCUCUCAGUAAGGGACUGGGUUUGCAUUCACGUUCACGAGCAAGACGGAGGCAUAGAGAUGGCUUCCCACAGCCAAAGAGACGGGGGCGGAAGAAGUCUGUAGUUGCUGUAGAGCCCCGCAGUCUGAUGCAGGGCUCCUACCCGGGGUGCUCUGUUUCUGGGAUGACCCUGAAGUAUAUGUAUGGGGUAAACGCCUGGAAGAACUGGGUCCAAUGGAAAAACGCACAGGAGGAAGAAGGGGACCUGAAGUUUUCAGUUCGUCCUGUGAAACUCAAGGAGGACAUCCUCUCGUGCACUUUUGCUGAGCUGAGUUUUGGCUUGUGCCAGUUUAUUCAAGAGGUGCGGAGACCAAAUGGAGAAAAAUAUGAUCCUGACAGCAUCUUAUACUUGUGCCUUGGAAUUCAGCAGUACCUGUUUGAGAAUGGUAGAAUAGAUAACAUUUUUACCGAGCCCUAUUCCAGGUUUAUGAUUGAACUUACAAAACUUUUGAAAAUCUGGGAACCUACAAUUCUUCCAAAUGGUUAUAUGUUCUCAAGAAUAGAAGAGGAACACUUGUGGGAAUGUAAACAGCUGGGUGCAUAUUCCCCCAUAGUUCUACUGAACACACUGCUAUUCUUCAACACCAAAUACUUUCAAUUAAAGAAUGUCAGUGAGCACCUGAAACUGUCCUUUGCCCAUGUUAUGAGACGGACCCGAACUCUGAAGUACAAUACCAAGACGACAUAUUUACGUUUUUUCCCACCCUUUCAAAAACAAGAGGUAGAAUCAGAUAAACUCUCUGUAGGCAAAAGGAAACGCGGUGAAGAUGAGGAGAUUUCAACAGCAGUGGAAAUGGCUGAAAAUGCAGAUAAUCCCCUGAGAUGUCCGGUCCGACUUUAUGAAUUUUACUUGUCAAAAUGUUCUGAAAGCGUGAAGCAGAGAAGUGAUGUAUUUUACCUUCAGCCCGAGCGCUCCUGUGUACCCAAUAGCCCCAUGUGGUAUUCCACAUUGCCAAUAGACCCGGGAACUUUGGACAUCAUGUUAACUCGCAUUCUUAUGGUGAGGGAGGUACACGAAGAACUUGCCAAAGUCAAAUCAGAAGACUCUGAUAUUGAGUUAUCAGACUAACUGAAGCGGGGUAUUUUCCUUUGAAUACAUCAGAAGCACCAAACUGUGAAUACGUCCAGCUUUUGGAAAAUGUGUUAUUAAAUAAGCCAAGAUCAUGUCACCUACAGGCAUCUUUGGAACCACAGCAGAUGUACAAACUGGAACUGGAAGGAGACAAGCUACGUAAGCUGCAAGAAACAACGUCCUGCAGCAGGCAGCGAUGAAUCCUCUGAACAAAUUCAAGUUGAACUAACCUGUUUGCGUGGUGCAUAAAUCCUUUAUCUGUUUAGGGUUUUAAAACAAAUUGAGAUUUUUUUUUUUUUAUUAUUAUUUUUUUUUUAAAAGGAAAACGGUCGUGGAACAUCUACCAUCACGAAAUCAGGCAUGGAGAGCUAGGCUGUGGCUCGCGUGACCUCUCAGCCUGCUGGCUGGCAGCCCUUGCUCCCAAAGAACACGUGGAGAUCUCGGAGGUCUUCACGAGGACAGGAGAGAAUAACGGUGGUGCCGGAGCCAACCAGCCAACCUCCGUUAGAAAUACCAAUCUGCUUUUAUAAUGUUUUUUAAAAGCGGGAUCAAAUGUUCGGGAGGCGGAGGCCGCGGGGUGGGAGCUGCCCAGGCUGGCUGGCCUAACCCUAACCAGGCUGCCAGAGCCCAGCUCUCAGCCCAGGCCAGCGGCCAAGCCCGGCUGCUGGGCCCGUGGUACAGAGGAAUGCUGGAGGCCCAGCUUCAGAGCGAUCACGCAACGGGACGAACACUUUUGGGUUGUGGACGGGAGGGUGACUGUCCUGGGGUACGUGCAGAAAAUCCCUUUCCUAGCCCGGUAGCUCUGCAGUCCGUUGAUGAUAAUCUAGCAAAUACUGAGGUGCGUGGAAUUUUUUUUUUUUUUUUUUUUUUUUUUUUCCCCUUGAGGCAGCUUUCCUUUCUCCUCUUUCCCCUACCCCUGUGGUUUUGGUUACGUUGGAGGGCAAAUCCGGAGGGCCUGGUCAUUUCAAAUGGAAGAUACGUGCAGUCUUUCUCUUCCCACCUUUGCAGUGCGUGCAGUGUUGUACAAAGGAUGCAGUAUUACUUCCGACAGCAGAACUAUGGUAGAAACCUACCAUGCACCUCUGCUUCCCACCCCACCCAAAGAGACGCAGGCACGACGGUGGAAAGCGAAAGAGACUUUUUCUCAAGGCUUGGCUGUUACUGCAUCUUUUGGAAGAGGAGAGCUCCCACGUUGUGUGUAAGGACAGGACUUUGUCAGCUCCUGCCCCUAUCUCCGUUUUCUCUGUGUUUCUGAUGACUUAGCGACCGCAGCCUCAUUGGAAACCCAAGCUGUUUUUAACGAAGAGAACUGUGCUGUUUUUAUCCAGCUCUGGCCAAGCUGUCCAUCUUCUGUAACAGGGGUCUGAUGUUUGAUCUUGUCACUACAAUUUCAAGAGACGAAAAUCAACAGCCUUGAACAAUAUUUUCUUUUUUGUUUUGUUUCCGUUUGUUGGUUUUUGGUUGUUUGUUUUUUUUUUUUUUAAUUAUUAUUUUUUUUUUUUUUAGCAGUAACGGAAGUAAUUUAACAACGACGACAACAACAAAAAUAAAAUCAGAAAGUAGCCUAUUGACGUUGUGUACUCGGUAGUCCCGUCCCUGCCUGUAACAGAUUUCACCGAUGUAUUUUUUAAUACAGAAAACUAUGUGAAAAGUAAAAGCUGCCCCUGGUUCUGUGUGAUCGAAGCCCACCCGUGUGUGUCUGUUCUGCUCGGAGCUGCUGCUCCCUCCCUGCUCAGGCCCAGUGCUCCUGGGGAGGAUCCCUGGCUGUAAUCCGUACGUAGCCGUGGUGCAGGUUCAUUCCAUGUUCUGUGAGCACGGACCUGUCCCUCCCCACAGGAACGUUAAAAUACUUGGAUAGCAGGCACGGCCUUUUGUGCCGGGAUGGCCGAGAGUGUUCCAAGGGAAAAGAAAGAACUCGGUGACCCAGGGGCUGGGGCUGCAGGGGGGGUGAAAAGAAGCCCGAGCCGCACGCGUUGCACGGAGCAGUGUCCAAACCUCAACGUUUGGAGAAGGGAAGGAGCCGGGAGCUGCGCGGUUCCUGGGCACCCCACGUGUGAGUGCAGCAGCUCGGGGCCGUGCCAGGCUGCAUCCAUGCUCUGCUUUGCCUGGGGCUGAGCAGCAUUGGGCAGCACCCGGAGCAGCGCUGCUCCGAGCAGGGGGGGGGAGCUGCCCCUGGAUGGGCGGGCACAUUCCCCUAGAAUAAAGCAGGAUGUUUGUACAUUAGGAGCGACGCGUUCAUUUUGCUUUCUCUGAAGGCCAUCUUUUUUUGGUGAACGCUUCCACGUAUGUCCAUUUUUCUUUUUUUUUUUUUUCCAGGUACUUAGAAUGGAUUUGCCCCCUGUGUUCUCUUGGCAAGGAGAGGUAAAUCCCUAGCGGCGAGGCUGGCUGGAGGCAGAGCUGUUCACCGUGGUACUGACUGCUUUGGUUUUAUGGCUCUGAGACAGGGCUGGGCGCAGCGAGGAUCAGAGCGAGUGCUUUCAGUUUCCAUUCCUGGUGUUGUGCUGGGGCUAUCGGGGCUGCCCAGAGCUCCCAGCCACGCACGUGACCCAGGUCCUGGGCUUGGAGGACUGCGGUGCGUAGAUGGACGCGGCGCUGACGUCCUGACCGCUACGUAGAAAAAGUUGUUUGGAAUAAGAGGUAGCUGAGUCAUCCGCUAGCCGUGGGGCGCUGCUCAUUGAUGGGCAAGUUCUCUCAAGGAGAAAAAUCUCGUGGUGGUCUCAGAGCGGAGAGAGGAACCACAGAGAUGAGCGCGAGGAAGGCGAUGUCCCUGCGGCUGGGCUGGAUGCCUCCUCUCUCCGUGUGCCUUCCCCUGCCCACACGCCGUGCCCGGCUGUGGCUCGGCACACAGAGGUGAGGCUGUGGCUGCCGGCUGGGGAGGUUCCUCGUGGCCGAGGGUGCUGCCAUAGGGAGCUGCAGUUCCCAGGGUCGUGCAGCUUUCCUGGCGGUGUUUGUUUGCAGAGGUGCCAAAAGAAGCUCCGUUAUCAUAGGGAGCGCUCUGCCACCUUAAUGAACAAUUGAGCUGGAGGAAGGCGCUGGGUUUCUCUGGCUGCAGGCUCCAGCCAAGCGCUGUCCCCUCAGAGCUGCAGUGAAGUCCCUGCUCGUUUCCUGCAGGUGUGUUCACAGCAGCAAAGCUGCAGGGCCGGGUUCGUGGCGGUGCUGCCGAGCGUGCUGCCAAGCCUUUGGGUUUGGUAACCAAGCGGGCAACGCGUUUCCAUCCCGUGAGCAGUGCAGAAGUGAAGAGGAAGCGGUGAAUGUGAGCACGGGGCCCAGCUGAGACAAACAGGUCGAGAACCCGGGCUUGCAAGUGUUCCUGCACCUAGGACGCAGCUCCUCCAUCCCUGGGCAAAUGGCAAUGUCUGCAGGAACGGCCGCUGAGCUAGGGGCUUUUUCAGCAGAGAUUGGGGUUGUAUCAAAGAAAAGCCAGGAGCGCUGUAGGUUAGCACUUGCUUGGAGGGAAGGAGGAAAUCUGUUGCAGGGAGCUCUCGAGCUGAAUAAAGCCUCCAACACCGAAUCUGCAGCUGCCUCCCACCUGCACGAGUGCACUCAGCAGCUGCCGACCCCCUGCUCCCACGCAGCCUGAGCCCACGGGCAUCAUACCUGCAGUACCAGGGGGCUGCAACGGGAGCCCCUCAGCUCCUCCCUCCCCGUUUAUUUGUCAGGCAACAAGGCAGAACCCUCGGGAAAGGCCUCGUGGAGCCGGAGGGGCUCUGCCCUCGGGGGAAGGGGUUGGUGGGGCUGCUCCUGCCCGCUCCCCCUGCAGCCCAGGGCCCGGUGCGUGCUCACUGCUGCUGUGUGCUGAUACCCCGCGUGUGCUCCCUCGCCCCUCGGUUGCACCUCUCUGUAAAUGGGCCGGACUUUCCUACCUCGUUUGGGCACAAUGAGGCUGAAUUCUGCGGGAUGCUUUGCAGCCCCGUGAUGAAAGGUGCUAUACGGCUGCAAAGAGUCACUCCAAAAGAUUUAAACAGGUCGCCAGCGCGUCAUAACCUAGAUGAAAAAGACUUUUCUUUUCCUUAUAUGAGAAUUUAUAGAGUUCAAUGUAUGGUAUUAAUAAAUGAAUUACCGAGACCCUUCCCCCCCCAAAUAGUUUUUGUUUGAAUCGUAUCUGUAUUCUGGAAAAGUGAUUAAAAACCUUUAACCUCGGUGAA